CCCUCAAUUCUCCUUCUCACUCUCGUGUUUGUUUUCACAUUUGGACUGGCCCCUUACUGUUCGCUGUUUGAUGGCUGCUCGUUUCUGUUCGCAUGGGCGUCUAUGGCGAAUUCGUCCUGCUCAUGUCCAGGUUGGUCAUUCUUGUGGGUGCCCAUUGCCCGCACACCGGCCAUCCCGAGCACUUGAUUUAUCACUUUAGGUCUUGCGAAUCCGAGCCCAUUUCCCUACUUCCCAUAGCUCAAAGCUAUGAGAAUCCUAAGAUGCUUUGGAAAGAGGUGUUCGCAGAGCGUGUUGUUCCCGAUUUAGAUUCUCGGAACGAGGCGAGAAUGCCGACAAGUGUUUAAAUGACAUAGCCCAUUUAUAAGAGACUAUUCUGCCGUAGCCCGAAAAUAAGACGCAAAUCUAACAUCAUCGGAAGUGGUAACACACACUAUUCAAUG